UUCCAAUUGGAAAGCCAAUUAUUUUCGUACGAAGUUAUUAUACAUAUAUUAGCAGCCCGCUUAUCUCCUCAGCGCUCUCUGCUGGUCGCAUUGAGCGCUAAUAAUGAUGGCAGCAGCCACAUCCUCCCCCGAAACCGCGAGCAAUCCUCCGCCCGGCUCCGCUCCUUCGACCAUAAAUCUCCGGAACCCAACUCCUCUCUCGGCAACGCAAGAGGCUGAAGUCAAAGCUAUAUAUUACAAGCGUGUUCGAGGCUACUGUGCGGCGGAAAUAAAAGAAUUUGCGGCUUGCGCGCUUAAUCGCACGGUCACUGCUACAUGGGUAUGCCGAAAAGAAAGACUAGCGAUGAACGCCUGUAUGGUUGAGCAUGCCAAACCAGAGGAAGAAGAUCGAGCGCGAGAGGAAUGGUUUGCGGGGCGAGAAGAACGAAGAAAAGCUCGUGAGCAUGAAGAUCGGAUGGUCGAAGAACGGAGGAAAGAGGUCAUUGCGAUGAUGAGAGAGGGUGAGAAGAGACGAAAAGCAGAGACAGGUGAGCAGAAGGCUGCCGAUGGGGGUAGUGGAGGCUGGCUUGCCUGGGGGAAAAGAUGAUGGCGGCCACGAGGUUCAGCAAGCAGUGGGUUACUCGAUUGAAAAGAGUAGGGAAUACGUUUGGAUCCUUGGUUUGGAUGGAAUGAGGCCGUUUGAGGACAGGCUGCCCAUGAGAGCCCCAGGGUUUGAAGCUACUGGGAGGUGUACAAUCUCCCUUGCACCUAGGAUAUUUACGCAUUUCGCGGCGUCACAGGAGUUGAGUCAUGGUGGGGUUAUGAUACUUUUUCAUUUUCUUCUAGAAUAUAGUGUACAAUACAGAUAUAACCAUAGUAUAUCUCCGCUAGUCCAGACCUCC